GCCUCCCACUAUUCAGUUUCCGUGUUUCCAUAGAAACUACAACUAAUAGAUGUGGAGGGCGGAUGUCCCUCUUUCGUCACGUCCGGGGGCGAGUGACAGCCAUCUUUGCGGAGAACUGCCGGGAGGAGGAGGAGCCCGUUGUGCACACGCCUCAUAUCCUAGAUAUCCGAGGGGCCCGAGUACCGGACCGGUCACCGCGUUCUCCUCAGAGACAGAAAUUCUCCAAACAUGGCCUGAGGGUUGAAAACCACUGCUAUAUAUUGUAAGCUUCAAAGUGUGAAAUCCCGAAGCAGAUAUGACAGACUCAAAGUACUUCACCACCACCAAAAAAGGUGAGAUCUUUGAGCUGAAGGCAGAAUUGAACAGCGACAAGAAAGAAAAGAAGAAGGAAGCUGUUAAGAAAGUCAUUGCUUCCAUGACUGUGGGGAAGGAUGUCAGUGCUCUGUUCCCUGAUGUGGUGAACUGCAUGCAGACCGAUAACCUGGAACUGAAGAAACUGGUUUAUUUGUACCUGAUGAACUACGCCAAGAGCCAGCCAGAUAUGGCGAUCAUGGCUGUAAACACCUUUGUUAAGGACUGUGAGGACCCCAACCCAUUGAUCCGUGCACUAGCAGUUCGCACUAUGGGCUGUAUCCGUGUAGACAAAAUUACAGAAUAUCUUUGUGAACCACUGCGUAAGUGCCUGAAGGACGAGGACCCAUACGUACGCAAGACAGCAGCAGUGUGUGUAGCCAAACUGCAUGACAUUAAUGCUCAGCUAGUAGAGGAUCAGGGAUUCCUUGAUACUUUGAAGGACCUGAUUUCUGACUCCAAUCCUAUGGUUGUGGCUAAUGCUGUAGCAGCCUUGUCAGAGAUUGCUGAGUCCCACCCAAGCAGUAACCUGUUGGACUUAAACCCUCAGUCAAUCAACAAGCUUUUAACUGCCCUAAAUGAGUGUACUGAGUGGGGUCAGAUCUUUAUCCUGGAUUGUUUGGCCAACUAUGUCCCCAAGGAUGACCGUGAAGCUCAGAGUGUAUGUGAGCGUGUUACGCCACGUCUCUCGCAUGCGAAUUCCGCUGUGGUGCUGUCUGCAGUAAAGGUACUAAUGAAACUGAUGGAGCUGCUGGCCAAAGACUUGGAUUACUAUGGGACACUAUUAAAGAAGCUGGCGCCCCCCCUAGUCACUCUGCUCUCUGCUGAACCGGAACUACAAUAUGUGGCUCUGCGCAACAUCAACCUUAUUGUUCAGAAACGACCGGAGAUCCUAAAACAUGAGAUGAAAGUUUUCUUUGUCAAAUAUAAUGAUCCAAUCUACGUGAAACUUGAAAAACUUGACAUAAUGAUCAGACUGGCAUCCCCUGCAAAUAUUGCACAGGUUCUUGCUGAACUGAAGGAAUACGCCACCGAGGUAGAUGUGGACUUUGUACGGAAAGCUGUUAGAGCAAUUGGACGCUGCGCCAUUAAAGUGGAGCAAUCUGCAGAGCGUUGUGUGAGUACCCUGCUGGAUCUUAUUCAGACCAAGGUGAAUUAUGUGGUUCAAGAAGCAAUCGUGGUUAUAAAGGACAUUUUUAGAAAGUACCCAAACAAAUAUGAGAGUGUUAUCUCAACACUGUGUGAGAACCUGGACUCCCUGGAUGAGCCAGAGGCCAGAGCUGCCAUGAUUUGGAUAGUGGGGGAGUAUGCUGAGCGCAUUGACAAUGCAGAUGAAUUGCUAGAGAGCUUCUUAGAGGGAUUCCAUGAUGAGAGCACACAGGUUCAACUGCAGCUCCUAACUGCCAUCGUCAAGUUGUUCUUAAAGAAACCUACAGAGACACAGGAACUGGUACAACAAGUGCUAAGUUUGGCCACACAGGAUUCGGACAACCCAGAUCUGAGAGAUCGUGGAUAUAUAUACUGGAGACUACUCUCCACAGAUCCAGUUGCUGCUAAAGAAGUGGUCCUGGCUGAAAAACCUCUUAUCUCAGAGGAAACUGAUCUCAUCGAGCCAACAUUAUUGGAGGAACUUAUAUGUUACAUUGGCACACUAGCCUCAGUCUAUCACAAGCCUCCAAAUGCUUUUGUGGAGGGUAGUCGUGGCGUUGUGCCCAAGAGGUUACCACCACGAACAGGCUCUGGUGAGAGCACAGAGAGUCCGGAGGCUGCACCCCAAAGUCAACCUCAGGCUGAAACACAUGCUUCCGUCAUCCCAUCACAGGGAGAUCUGCUGGGUGAUCUCCUAAACCUAGACCUGGCACCACCCAUCAGCGGACCACCCCAAACUACAAGCUCUGUGCCCCUUGGUGGAGUGGAUCUUCUGAGUGGUGGACUGGAUACCCUGCUGGGUGGCGAUACAGGUCCAAAUCUUACUCUCCCUACUGGAUUUAUGGCUCCUCCAGUGGGUCCAUCUACUUUGGGCCCUUCUCUCUCCGGUGGACUUGGCGAUCUCUUUGAUUUGAGCAGUGGAACAGGAGCAAUCGUUGGAUCUUAUGUGGCUCCAAAAUCUGUAUGGUUGCAUGCCAUGAAAGGCAAAGGUCUAGAAAUUAGUGGUACAUUUGCUCGAAGAACCGGUGCUGUGUAUAUGGAUCUUCACUUCACCAAUCGAGCCCUCCAAGUCAUGAGUGACUUUGCUAUCCAGUUCAAUCGCAACAGCUUUGGGCUGGCACCUGCUGCUCCUCUUCAGAUACUUACUCCCUUGGCACCCAACCAAUCUACAGAGGUCUCCCUACCUUUAAACACAAUUGGCUCAGUCAUGAAAAUGGAACCUCUCAAUAACUUGCAGGUGGCAGUAAAGAACAACAUUGAUGUGUUCUACUUCAGCGUUGUGUAUCCGCUGCACAUCCUAUUUGUGGAAGAUGGAAAGAUGGAGCGACAGAUGUUUUUGGCUUCUUGGAAAGACAUCCCGAAUGAGAAUGAGGCACAGUUUCAAAUCAGGGACUGUCCGUCAAAUUCAGAUGCGAUCAGUAACAAGAUGCAGGCCAGCAAUAUCUUCACAGUAGCCCGGCGUACAGUGGAAGGUCAGGACAUGCUGUAUCAAUCAAUGAAGCUUACAAAUGGCAUUUGGGUGUUGGCAGAGCUGAGGAUGCAGCCUGGAAGUGCUAGCUGUGCACUCUCUCUGAAGUGCCGGGCACCUGAGGUAUCACCAUUCAUCUUCCAAGCUUUUGAAACAGUCCUGAAGAACUAAGCCUUUCUCCAUGCCAGCUGUGUGACGAUCACUGUCCUUCCUGUGUGAUGGUUGGACAUACAGGACAGAGGCCUUCUGCUACUUUUUCUAAUCUGGAUAUACAAACACGGACCAAAUAAUGAAAAGUGUUGAUUUUAUGCUCUUACCCCAGCCAUAAAAUACGUUUUAAACCCUUUGCUAACACAUGGACAGCACAGGGGUUAAAAUGUUCCCUACUCUUCCAUGAGAAUGUGGGUGGAUCCCACCCCUUUUUAUGGUAGAUGUUGUAUUAUGUCUGUAAGAGGUAGGUUCUGCUGGAUCCUAUUAACUUAAAAAAUGGCAACUUGGAUUAAAAUGUAUAUAAUAAAAACUUUCAUAUGUGUGAAUCUCAA